CCGGGAAGCCUUCCAGAUAUAUAUGCGUGAAACAGUUAGUACUGCGAUGGAUACAGAAAGGAAAAACGAAAUACUGACCGAGUUCCUGCGGAGUGACGAACUAUUACAAAAUUUCACAAGAAUAACAUCAGAGUCACUGCGGUCCGUCAUAGAGGACACAUUCACUACAGUUUUCCCGCGCUCGUACCAGCCCAUACUUGACAUCUGUCAACAGCGCCUCGUGACACACGUCAACACUACAUUGCAGAACGCCUUCAACAAACUUUCGUCGGAUUCGCCAUUCUUCUUCAACUCGGUGAAUAGAGCGACUCGGAUGCUAAAGGAUACCAUUAAGAGGCACCAGAACCUGCUGGAAUCACUCACGCCUGAAGUGAACUGCGACGCUCUGCAGGAGUCCUGUCAGAAGGUUUUGAAGCAAGAGCUUGUAAGCUGGCGACAGGAAUUACUGGGGGUUUUGAUCACACAAGCCUUACCAAAGCCAGAAUUCCGAACGAAGCUAGAUUGCCAGGGACAGGCUGGCUUGUCGAAAACGGGGGAUAGUAAGCAUCCGUUGGAGAAUAGUGAUGUGAACUCGUCGUUCGAGAAGGUUCUGUCAUUAUCAGACCUGUCUGUUGUGGUGACCGCGUGUCGCUCAGCUGAUCCGGAUGUCAUCUUCUAUCCUUGCCUUCUGCAGCAAUCUGUCCUGCUCUCGCUCCUGCAACAACUAACCACUGAUAUGGUGCAUGACACGCUAUUGAAGUGCAGAUACAUUGAAGAAGCUAUAAUAAACUUAAACAAAAUGGACCCUACCACUCGGCUUCAUCUUCCGCUGGUCGUUAAUGAAGUCCAGAAGAAUUUAUUCAAGUUCUUAAACUCAUAUCCUAAUCAUGUCGCCUCUAAAAGAAUUCAUUUUAUAAUUACAGCUGCAACCAACCUCCUGGAGAUAAAAAAUAAAACUUCAUGUUGAAACAAUGUUGUUGUUAAGCUUUCAAUCAGUUUAUUUUGUUACAAAAUAAAGAAGUUUUUAAGCAUUAGGUACAUGUUA